AUGCCGCUACUUCAGCGCAAAAUGUCCACGCGCGCCAUUCCGACACUCCUGACACCUACAGAGCGCGUUGUAGCCUUCGAGCAAAUCACUGACGCUUGGGAAUUGGUACCCGAUCGCGAUGCAAUUCGUCGCAGCUUCGAGUUCCGCGACUUUAAUGAAGCUUGGAGUUUUAUGACUCGCACUGCACUAUUAGCCGAACAGAUGGGACACCAUCCUGAAUGGUUUAACGUCUACAAUCGCGUCGAUGUGACGCUAAGCACUCAUGAUUGUGGAGGCCUGUCCCAGAACGACGCGUUAAUGGCCAUCGCGAUGAACAGCUAUGCACAGGCAGUAUGA